AUGUUAGCCACACAUUCACAGACCCCUAUAAUAAGGCGGUCCUUGCUUUCAAUUACAAGUCAUCUCGUAAGACAUCAUAUUCGCGCUUACACCGUCGUUAACCAUGGAAAUUUCCGGUCUUUGGUACCACCUCGUAAGAGUUCGUUGCCCGUGAGGUGUUUGAUGGCUCAACGGUUCAUGCGGUCAUUUCCGACAAAUGAUAAGUUCAUGGCCAAGGCUUCCAAUAUCGAAACCAUUCUGCUAAGGAAAAAUAAUGAGCGAGAGUUUAAGCAAACACUUUUGGCAGAUGCCAGGAAUUUUCAACAGAGGUUCAAGAUCAACUUAAAGUGGAUCCUUAUAAAAAACAACAGGCCGUUUUCCCUUAACGAAAUAAGCAUUAUCGUAUCGUGGCUGCUUUUAUCGCAGGUGUUGUGGCUCAUACUGAGCACUACAACUUUUAUUUCGUUCUAUCUAUUCGUUAUGAACUCCGCGUUCAGUCAGGAAUAUAUCCAUGAAAAAAAAAUUUAUGAGUCGCUGUUGAAAUUUCUGUUGAAGGGCCAUAACCGCUCCGAUGGAGGUUUGCAGAUUAGUUUUUCAGAUGACAAGCCGUCAACUGUUGCUUUGUCUCCAGAUUGGGAGUCAAACUCAAUAACAAUAAAAAAGCUAAACGUUAAGGAUGAAGGCCUGGAUAUGGACUUAAAGUUUCAUCACAUUAACUUGACUGUUUCUCUGAAAAACUGGCUAUUCGGUAAGGGUAUGAUAUCGAAUGCUUCCAUCUACGGUAUUAGAGGGACCUUGAAUCUGUCAAAUUUUAUUAACCUAAUAAACUCUUUUCAGGACGAUCGUAAGACAGAAAAUUUCUUAAAAUCUUCAAACAAUAUUGAAAUAACGGACUCAGAGAUUCUUUUAAAACAAUCUCGUAGUAGCCCAGAGACGCCAAUGUUAAAAUUUGCCAUUUAUAAUCUAUCUUUACCACGAUUAAGGUUAAACCAUUUUAUCUCAGAUGUUUUGAGCGCCAAGACAUUCUCUGGUUCAGUAAACAAUUCUCUUUUCAAUUUAUUUAAGAGACAACAAAAGUUAACAGCAGUUAUUGAAAAUAGUAACAAAAGUAAGAUGGUAACAUCAAAAUUCGAUUUUACUAAUAAUAAUCACGAAAAUGACGAAAAGGUAACUCACCAGGAUGAUCCUAACUACAUAACGACGUUAAGAUUAAACUUUAUUAACGUCAAUGACUUGAAAUUCAACGGUAGCAGUAAAUUCAACUGGUUAAAAGACGGGCAAGUGGAAAUUUUGGCCGAUAUAAUGCUAACGAACUCCACCUCCCAACUAUCAUCAGAAUCCAAAUAUGCUGUAGUGGAUUUAAAGGUCACUUGUAAGGAUCUGAAAACAACUUUUCCUCAAGAGCCACCAAUGUUAUCAACGGGUGACAGCAUUGUUUCGCUGGAUGAAUUGAAACCUCUUAUAAUGUAUAUCAAUUCAUAUGAAGGAAUGGUUAAUCCAAUAUUGAAAGAUUUCGCCGAAAACGAACUGCUGAAAAAUUCCAUAGUCUGGAGCUCUCCCAAUGUCUCGAUCAAUAGGCAAAGAAAAUCAUAUCCUUUAACUACAAAGGUAACUUCUAAUUCCACCAAAGAAAUCAUUAAGUUCCAUAAUCAGCCCAAUUCGGAUGCCAAUGAAAUAGUGUUGCGCUGUAAGAUGGUUAAAAACCUUUCCGAUUUGCAACUGGUUAAUAUCAAUCAAAUAUUAGACCAAAUCACCAUGGAAUUAUAUGUUGAUUUGACCAAAAUAGUCGAUGAUUGGGAAUUUAGAAACAAAAACGACUGGAUGAAACAAUGGGGUACCACCUUUGCAUCACAACUACUGUUAUUUGGAUUUGGCGCUAUGGUUUAA